UCCGCGCUUAUAUCAUGGGUGCUCUCAGGUUUUAUUUCUACACGGAGUAAAUACAUCGUUUUUUAUAAUUUAUUAAAAAUCGUGCAAUGUCACGUAGUAAUAUACAAAUUACAAGAUAGUUGUUGAAGUUAUUUAUGCUGUCUUAGAUAACAAAAUUAUAUAAUGUAAACGGUGAUCAUGGCCUCGUUACUUGUAAAUCGUGCAGUUAGUGAUACUACUACACAGUUUUGUUCGUUAAUCGAAAGACUACUUUCGUUAACUAGUACGAAACUCAGCAACAAGAAACAAAUUAAUGCGUGUUUAAAUGAUCUCAACGAACUAGAUUACAGAUGCCUCAAUAUUGUAAAUAAUGAUGCAAUAUUAUUAUUGGUGAAUCAACUUUGUGCAGCAGUUCUACCUACAGAAACAUCUUUAGUUCAAAAUGUUUGCAAAUUUCUAUAUAAUUUAACUCAGAGCAACAUCAAGCUUCAUGGUCGAACAUUUGUAACUUGCAAACGAUGGAUUUUAGAAGCGUUGGAGUUUGCUGACCCACUGGCACAAGUUGAUGUAUUAAUCGCUAUAAAAAGCUUUUUACAUUUUGGUUAUUUUGAUGACAUCAAUCAUCAUGUACGUCUGUUACUUAAGGAUAAGGGUUUGUUAAUGAAGCAUUUAAAUCCAUUAUGUAAUCCAUGGUCUGAAAUUAAUUUCCAUGCACUUGGAUGUUUAGAAGAAAUUGUAACAAACAAAAGCAACAAUCAUUGCUUAUCAGAUGAAUUUACAUAUUUGAUAAAAAAUAUAAUUUUUAAAAUUUUAUCACUUCUACCAUAUCAUAAUGAUGAUAAGCUUUGCUACAGCAAGAUCAUAAAUUUAUGCUUGCACAUUUUACAUUGUAUGAUCAUUGAAAAAUUGAUCCUUAAAUCUCCUGAUCUUAUUGGAGAAAUAUUAGGAGUGGUGCAAGCGUUCCUAUUUUAUGGUAUCAAAGGUUAUUCAGUCACAAGCCCACAAUUACUUCGUCCAGCUGCCAUGAAUCUCCCAGAACGUGUUCACAUAGUUCCCAAAUGCAAGAAUCUUAAAAAUCACAAAGCAAGAUCUAGGAAAACACUAGCUAAGAAAAAUACGUCCGAUUCAGGAAAUAAUGCCAUUCCAGAACACACAGGAAUUUCCAAAUAUUCCAGUGAUUCAGAUACUUCAGAUACAGAGAUUAAUAAUUCUAUCCACAUCGAUUCCAAAGUAAGAUUGGGAGCUGUACGUUUAUUGCAGAUUCUAGUAGAAAUCACUCGGAGUAAAGAGAUUUUCGGAUACUGGCCGCAAAUCGUAGCUACCGGUUCACGAAACGACGCAAGAGUAUUGACAAGAAGCAUUCUAGUUGAACCUGUGUCUAAAGUGCGACAGAAUGUAUUGUGUGCAUUAACUGAAUUAUUGAUAGAUGCUAAACCAUUUUUAAUACACGCCGAGGAUACCAAUCAUACCUCUUUCAUCACAUUCUUUGGCACAGUAUGUUUAAUGGUCAAGGAACUACAUUUUACAUUAUCAUUAAUUUUGCUGGCUGAAAAAAAUGUAGCUGUGUUAACGCACGCGUUAAAAUGCACAGCAGCUCUUGUACAGGGCACACCAUACGAACGACUGAAACCAGGUUUGGCUACCAAAUUAGUUAGAAAUUGUAAGCCGCAUAUAUUUCACAAAGAUCCGACUGUACGAGUUGCGGCACUAUCUAUUUUUGAAGCAUUUGUCUCAAGUGAACCUAUAACGCAGGAAAUAUUAAACAUAUUAGCUAAGCAAACUGUAGGUGAAAUAGGAUCAGAAAGUUCGCAGUUUGAUACUAGUUCCAUCAGUGACAUUGGAACAGAAGAAGAGGAAAUAGAUGUCGAGGAUAUCGAAAAUUCAACAAAUAGUUGUAAUGAAAUCACAUCAAUAUCAAAAGAUGAAAAUGCUUGUUUGCUGGUUCGCGUUUGUUUACAAAAUAUAUCUAAUAAGUCAGUUAAUACACCUGUACGACUUCAAUCUUUAAAACUUAUGGGCAGACUGGUAUUUAAUACAGGAAAUCUUAUAUUUCCUCAUUUGGAGAAUGUGACUACAGCUUUAAUUUCGGUUAUGGAGGAAACAGAAAACCAAGUAAUAUUACACGCAUGUCGAGUUUUAGAGAUUAUGUCCGGUUGCCUCGCAAAUACUGAAACUUAUAGCAAUGGUAUAUUAUUUUGGAAUAUUAUAUUUGAAUCUAUAAUAUCACUUGCCCAAACAUCACGGACUAUAUUGCGAGAAGCUGCUUGCGAUUGUCUAGGUAGCAUCAGUGGAAAUGUAUUCACACAAUUAUCGAGACAAAGAGUCAUAUUAAUAAUUACAAUUCUAUUUGGAGCAGUUCGUGAUGAAGAAAGUGCUGUAAGAGCAGCUGGCUUACGUGCAUUAGGAAUGUUGGUAACUUUACCGUCUUUGGAACACGCUACCGGCUUUCUCAUGGAUCUGGCUGAUACAGUUUGUUUAGCUUUUGAGGACAAAAAUCUUGGUGUUCGUGUAAAAAGUGCUUGGGCAUUAGCGAAUUUGUGUGACUGUCUUUCCAGGCAAAAGUUUGUUUUUCAGACUUUCUUCUUUCAUUAUCUUCUUUGUGCGCGACAUAUUUUCUCUAUUUAUAUAAAAAUAUAUCUUUUAUCCAGACAGCAUGAAGAUGUGGAACCAUUUCCUUUAGAAGAUUUAUUACCCAAAUUGUAUCAUAUAAGCGUUAAAGCUACAAAAGAUAAUGAUAAAGUGAAGUGUAACGCUGUCAGAGCAAUUGGAACUAUUUUAUAUUUAUGUCCACAAAAAUACAUACUUUCCGACACGACAAUAGGGUUGGACGCACUUAUCAAAUGUGCCGUUUUAGGAAAUGAUAUGAAAGUACGAUGGAACGCUUGCCGAGCUUUAGGAUUGGUUUUGAGCCACGAUCCAGACACGAUAUUGCCAUCUUCUUGGAAAGAUCAAGUAUUUCCAGCGCUUUCGACUUUGAUAUGCGAUAGUCCUAAUUUUAAAGUACGAACUAAUGCCGCAUGGGCACUGUCUUCAUGUAAUAACUACGGUAAAUAUACUGUAAUGUUGUGGAAAAAUAUUGUAUUAGCAUUUGAAAAUGCUCAACAUGUACCAAGCUAUGUUGAAUAUCCACAUCGAGAUGCACUCAUUCAACAAUUGUGCCUUACUCUUAGUUGCGUGGCUGCCCAUACAGAAAAAUCCGAAUUACAGAGUCUUUGGAUAGAGAUUGGCGACCAUUUAGAAGAAAUUUCCAAUUUUAUGAAACAAUUUCAGGAGACUGUUUUACCCGAAAAGCUAGGAGAUUUAAUUAAAGCAAAAGUCCAAUUAGCACAACAUGUGAAAAAUGCACAUUCUGUUGAAGAACGACAAAUCGCUCAAUCUUUAGCAAAUAUAUUCGAGAAGACUAAUCGCUAUGACAAUCUAGAUGCCAUUACUUCUACGAUAUAGAAUUAUAUAUACAAUUAAAAUGAUGAAAAAAAAAU